AACCAAAUAAAACCCCCCAAAGAAUCCCCAAAUUCACCCUUGAUCUUUCAAGGCUAAGCCACCACCACCACUACUACGAUGGCCUUGACCACCAUGCUCCGCCGCCGACUCUUUUCCCGGGCUUUCUCCUCCCACGACGGUCCAAGCCGCUGGACGUCGCCCGGUCACCAGGAACGACCCAAUGGUUACCUCUUCAACAGGACCCCGCCACCUCCGGGCCAAUCCCGUAAAUGGGAAGAUUGGGAGUUGCCUUGCUACGUCACGAGCUUCCUUACCAUCGUCAUCCUCGGUGUUGGUCUCAACGCCAAGCCCGAUCUCACUAUCGAGACUUGGGCACAUCAGAAAGCCCUUGAAAAACUAGCUGCCGAGUCGUCGUCUUCUUCUUCUGACUGAGAUGUUUUGAAGCAAAUUUCGACCGGGAUCUGGGGUACGGAUCUUUGCGAACGCUUUUGAUUUCAAUGUGUAGUUCGAAUAAAAAGACGGGUUCUUUUUUUUUUUUUAACACUUUUAGUUGUUGAAAUUUUAUGGGUUUUUAAUUUUACGUUUUCGAUGAUGAUGAUGAAGUCGUUGGCUUAUUUGGGAUCGUUGUCUAAUAUUUACUUAUCGCGUUUCAAUGGAUGUUCAAAAGAUUUUGAAAAUAAA